UCUGAUUGGCCUGUCACUGCAUUCCUGCUCCCCCUCCCUCUAGCUGGGUUUGUCAAGUCGCCCAUGUCAGAAACUAAGCUCACUGGGGACGCCUUUGAGCUGUACUGUGACGUGGUCGGGAGCCCCACGCCAGAGAUCCAGUGGUGGUACGCAGAAGUCAACCGGGCAGAGUCUUUCAGACAGCUGUGGGACGGUGCUCGGAAGCGCCGUGUCACCGUAAACACCGCCUACGGGUCAAACGGCGUGAGUGUGCUGAGAAUAACCCGGCUCACCUUGGAGGACUCUGGGACUUACGAGUGCAGGGCCAGCAACGACCCCAAGAGGAAUGACUUGAGGCAAAACCCUUCCAUAACAUGGAUUCGAGCCCAGGCCACCAUAAGCGUCCUUCAGAAGCCAAGGAUUGUCACCAGUGAAGAAGUGAUUAUUCGAGAAAGCCCUGCGCCCCCUGUCACCCUGCAGUGUAACCUCACCUCCAACUCUCACACCCUUACAUACAGCUACUGGACAAAGAAUGGGGUAGAACUGACUGCUACUCGUAAGAAUGCCAGCAACAUGGAAUACAGGAUCAAUAAGCCGAGAGCUGAGGAUUCAGGCGAAUACCACUGUGUAUAUCACUUUCUCAAUGCUCCUAAAGCAAAUGCCACCAUUGAAGUAAAAGCUGCUCCUGACAUCACUGGCCAUAAACGGAGUGAGAACAAGAAUGAAGGGCAGGAUGCCAUGAUGUACUGCAAGUCAGUUGGCUACCCCCACCCAGAGUGGAUCUGGCGCAAGAAGGAGAAUGGUAUGCCCAUGGAGAUUUUCAAUACCUCUGGCCGCUUCAUCAUCAUCAACAGGGAAAAUUACACUGAGCUGAGCAUCACAAACCUGCAGAUCAUAGAAGAUCCUGGCGAGUAUGAAUGUAAUGCUACCAACUCCAUUGGCUCUGCCUCCGCUGUCACUAUCCUCAGGGUACGGAGCCACCUGGCCCCACUCUGGCCCUUCCUGGGAAUUCUGGCGGAAAUCAUCAUCCUUGUGGUGAUCAUUGUUGUGUAUGAAAAGAGGAAGAGGCCAGAUGAAGUUCCUGACGACGAUGAACCAGCUGGGCCAAUGAAAACCAACUCUACCAACAAUCACAAAGAUAAAAACUUGCGCCAGAGAAACACAAAUUAAGUACUACUUGUAAUAUCUUUAGGUUCCUGAAACUGGUGGCAACAUGACCUGCUAAAUUUUCUGCUUGUACCUCUUUGGUUCUUUCCCUUUCAAGUGAGCAGCACCAUGAUGACUGUCUAAAGCAUGCCUUAUUUAGCCUCUCCUGUAAGGGUGACCUAGCCAGGUACAUUUUAAACAAUGCUUCAGUGUAGAGGGUGUAAACUAUUUUGGGCUUGAUGUGCUGUGAAUGUUGCUUUUUUUUUUUUUUUUUUCCCCUUUGGUAGAAUAUUUAAAUAGAAGUAAAAAGGUUCUCUGAGGAUCAGAUCAUGCAUGCACCGUUUUUUACUUAAUGCAGCUGUUAAAUUGGCAAAGCUCUAAAAUGCACUGCUGCCAUCUAGUGAUACAUUUUUGUAAAGUACAGCAAAACCUACAGAUAUAUACAGUAUAUAAAUACAUAUAUAUAUUUAUAUUUUUGGGGGUGGGAGAAAUCCAAUAAAA